UCUCUUUCUGCAAGUCUUUGAACACUUACUUUUUGUUUCUUGAUAGUACUUUCUACUGAAGCAUGGCAAUGUCAAUGUGUUCUACUCAGGCCUGGAAUAUCUUACAUCAUUUUCCACUCAAAUCUCCAAACCAUCCAGUUUCGUUACCAUUCUAUAAAACCCACUCUGAUUUCUCACCCUUAUCCACAUUCCCUCACCUCAACAACAACUCAACUCCAACCCAUCUCUCUUUCAAAGCCUCCUCCUCCUCCUCCUCCUCCUCCUCCUCUUUUUCAUUUGGGAGUGCAGAAUACACAGAGGAAACAGCAACCAAAGAGAAAUUUCAGAGAUCGUUGAGUUUACCGGGUUGCUCUACCUCAUUAUCAUUGCUUGGAACUGGAUACAGGGAGAAGGUUUUUGCAAUAAUUGGUGUUAAGGUAUAUGCUGCAGGGCUAUAUGUCAAUCCAUCCAUCUUAAGUACAUUGAGCACUUGGAAAGGACAAUCAGCCAGUGAGAUUCAAGAGAAUUCAGCUUUGUUUAGCUCGAUUUUCCAAGCUCCCUUGGAAAAAUCAUUACAGAUUGUUCUGGUGAGAGAUAUUGAUGGUAAAACUUUCUGGGAUGCCUUGGAUGACGCCAUUUCCCCAAGAAUCAAAACUGCCACUCCAGUUGACGAGUCUGCUCUGUCCACAUUCCGAAGCAUCUUCCAAGGUCGAAGUCUUAAGAAAGGAACUUUGAUAUUUUUGACUUGGCUGAAUCCCUCCAAGAUGCUAGUUUGUGUCUCAUCUGAUGGGAUUCCCUCUAGUGUAGAUGCUACAAUUGAGUCAGAAAAUGUUACUUCUGCACUUUUUGACGUAUUUUUCGGAGAUGCUCCAGUUUCUCCGUCCUUGAAAAACUCAGCAGCCAAUGGCCUUGCAACUAUUCUCAAGUGAAUAAGGUCUCUUGGAGGGCUCUGGUUCAAGGCACAUGAAUGCUAUUCUGAAUACUUUAUUAAUCUCUUCAGUGGGACUGCACUUUAAGCUACUUUCAAGGACAUACGCUUCCCUUUUAUCUUCAACAACUGCCUUCACCUGUUUCAAGUUUCAACAUGAAACAAACAACGAGGUACCGUAUCAAUAUAUGUAAUAUCAGGUGGUUUCAGACUAAUAUUAGAGGAAACUAGUAGUUGAGGCACCUUUUUCCCAGUUAAACAGCCUGUUCUGAAUCCACAUAAAGCUUGAUAGGCAUAUCUCGUUGUGCCAUGGAACUUCAUGUAGUUUAUUGUUCAGAAUUUGUAGCUCUUGAGAUGAGUUCACUGUAUGCAAUAUUGCUUUCAUAGACCA